CUCUUACUAAACCAAGGUGCGUCUUACAACCGAUGGCGUCUUAGACUUGAGGAAACAACUGUGUUUGAUAUCCCACCCUCUGGAUCACUGGAUACAUUCGACAAUGUUAAGAACGAUUAUUAAAAUUGAUUAAAUGAUGAUGGAUUAUUAAAUGACGAUUAUGUGAAUAUUGAAUAUACCAUGAUUAUUUAAGGGUAACGAUGAUUAAGUGAUAAGUGAUAAGAUUAUUUAUGGUGGUGAUUGUCAUAAGAUUAUGAUGAUUUUAUGGCGAUGAUGGUAAUGAUCAUGAUCUGACGAGUAUGAACGAACAUGGAUGAGCCAUGCCCCAUGGAUCGGUCAGCUUGUCUAAAGAGUCUGCCUCGCCCGUGUGGAUAACUGAUCUGCAUGAUUUAACCUGAGAUGGCAGGGACUCAGAGGUGUCCAAAACAGCGGAUGAAAUGUCAGGGGAGCAAUGCCACUGAGGGCAGGACACUGAAGUGAGGCAACCUGGAAGGGGCACAGGCUUGCGGGGAGCGGCUGAGAUCCACAUCAUAAUGGUCGAAGCCCUGUGAUGGCAUUAAAUGAAUUUCCGAGUCCUUGUGGGCAAGGAAAAUAAUAGAAAGUCUGGGGGGCAGAACUCCAGGAACAGGGGACGCAGGGUACCAGGCCCCAACAACGCUAGCACCCUGGAGGAAGGCCUGGGUGGUAAAACCCCAGGAGCUGAAUAAAGAUUUAAGUUGGAUUAGGCGUGGGGGGCAUUAUCUGGGGGUACCCCAGGGGGGUUGCAGUCCUCGGAAGUAGCUUAGCACAGUGGGUGGCUAGGACUCACCAAGGAGGUCAAUGUUGCGUAACGGACGCGACGGCCUCGUAAGGUUGUGCUUCGCUCACGCAAUUCGGUUACAGGAAACUCUUGCAGUGAAAAAGGCGUCUGCCGGGUGUGAGAUAGAAUGAUAUUAGGUAGAAAUCGUUUUGAGAUGCAUCCCUUAAUCCUCACAAGUCAAGUGCUUAGGACCGACUUCUCACGAGGAUUCGCUACACGCAAAUCUGCAAUCCAAGCGGGAAAGUGAGGCGUCGAAGGAGGUGAGGGCGAAGGCCAAGGGUCUCGGGAGCCUCACGCCUUUUCUUCACAUAUUGUCGGGUCUUAAACGCGAUCGUGACAGAAGAAAAUUUGAAUCCAGUGCAUUUAAAACAAAAACGAAAGCAGAAUUAGAGCCAGGAAUCUAUAAUUAAGUCACUUCUAACAUUUUUAAAAAUAAUUGACGAUGUAGGUGAAAGUGGAGAGCCGGUGGAGACGACGAAAUCUCAUCUUCCGAAGAUGGAAAUCGUGAGCGAAUACAGGGCGACUGAAUAAGCAACACGUUUAGAGACACCUACAUCUGCGAAGGACCAUGACGCUUCAGCAGCGAUCGAAAAAAUAUCCGAAUCGUAUGACUUCGAACGUGAAAAAAAAAAUUCUAUUAUUUGAGACACAGGUGCAACAGAAUUUUGAAAAUGGCGAGAAACAGAACCGGUGAUUGCUGGUAAACACAGAAACUAAGAACUUCGUUUAUCAACUAAUAGAGCUAAUAAAUAAUGAAGUGAACAAAAUCAGACGUAUUAAGUUGUUUGCUAUAUUGUUAGAUGGUAAAUUAAAUAAAAUUUACGAACCAAGUUUGAUUCGUUUGUCGAAUUUGUUGAUAAAUGUGGUUUUGUUUUUGAAGUCCCAAACCUGAAAAACUCAGAAAAAAAGACUGUUGAAACAUUGCUAAGAUUUUAAAGUCAUCUUAUCUGUUGGUAAGGACUGCGAUGUCGAUUGUUUCAAACUGUUUUAAGAAUUGUAAUUCAUUUUCAUAUUUUAAAUUCAUUGUUCAGCAAAAACCGAGUGAAUUGUACAGAAACAUUUUUACCGAGAAUAAUUACGAGUGCUUAGACCUACCACCGAACAAGAAUGGCGCAGGAGCAAUUGAAGGGUUUGACAAUUCUUUUAAGAUAAUACCGUAGUUUCUGCCCCGGACUAUUCAGAAAUCUUGGUUUCAUUCAGUUCCAGAAAAAUCCGAAAAAAAAAAUUUCAAAGCGAGUAAAAACGUUAUUUAUAUCAUAUUUAUUUGCAUCUUGCCAUGGUGUCGAUUUAUUACGUUCAAUGCUCAUGGGGAAAAAAACCUUUCAAAGACGUACUGCGUAAGUCACUAUCAAAUCGUAAAGUGUUCUAAUUACGAUUACGUCCUAACCUAACUUUCUGGCCUCGGUAGAGUUGUUUGUUCAAAUAUGUUGUUAAUGCAAUAAUCCCCCGCGUUAGGAUUUACAGCUGGGAAAAAAAACCUGGAGAGUAGGUUCUGGAGUUCCACAGGGUUUGUGGAUUUCAGUUGAGUUAAGGAUGGGAAAGGUAAAUGCAGUAGUAGUAUCUUCGACUACAGAUACCAGUUCACUGCUUCUUGCGAAAGUCUACUUAUCUCGAGCUGUGAAUCACAAGCUUAUCUUAUCAAAGUCUUCUAAGUGAUCACACCGGCACGGCAAGGAAUCGAGAAGGGUUAUUUCAAUGUUAAGCCCACCGGAAACAUCCUGCGACCCGCUGACGCCGAUGUGCUGCUGACAAUUGUGUAUGGACGAAUAAGGAACUACAAGUAGUAUCUAGCACAGAUAGCAUGUUUACUGCUGUUACAAUAACAGUGGUGCUGAUGGUCGUGUGUAAUGGAAGUGGCGAGCCUCGACCAUCCAUGAAGCUCUUUCACAGGGAUGGGGCCUUGUGGUUACAUACAACUGCUCAAGUGUCACAUCCACCCCAGUGCCACUCCAACGCAAGUUUUGACUCACUGCCGAUUUUGAAAGUAUCACCUAGUACGUAUCAGGUGCUGGUGGAGCAUGAAGGACGGUACUGGUGUGAGGACUCCAACGGGCUUCAUAGCAAUACGUAUCACAGGAGGAAGUUGAUAAGCCACAAGCAAGUAUCAAUCCUGAGGAGUUUGAUAGAACAGUUGAACCCUCAAGAAGAAGAUCCUACAACAGCUGACAAAUGGAACGUGGGCGAUUCAAAUGAACGAGGAUCAGUGAGCAGUAAGGGUGUAAGCAUAACUCACUCUGGUGCCAUAAAGCUGAUGACAGAGCAGAACAUGACAUGUCCAGCACAAACACAGAAGGAUGAGAAUGGAGUCGAACGCUAUUGGCCAGCAAUCAAGUUGGGUUCUACUUACACCUACAGCAACAGAAAUUGUAUAGAAGCAGCUCGCACAUGUUCUUGGAAAACAAGUAUGGGUCUGCACCUCACUGCACCACACCCACUGAAAUUGAAUUGGCUUCCCUUGUGUUCCUUCACAAAUGUAAACCUGAGCAGAGCAGCACACGAUUUGCAGACUAUUGCCCGGAAGGGUGUCAUCUCACCCACAGACCUCAAAGUUGCCACCAGAGUGGUGGAUACGGCUCUACAGAUGAACUACUCCAUCCUAUCCACCGAUCGUCAGGAUGUGACUUCCAUUGUGCGCUCGCUGGAUGCUGUGCUGACUCGGGUGCGCUUGGCACCCGGAGAAAGUGUAGAGGAUGUUAUGCCACACGUGGCCACAUUUGUGCUCAACGUGGAGCAACAGCCACCCAUAGCAGUUGCCCUAGAAAGCAGUGGAAAUAGUGGAGACCUGGAAGGAAGCGUUCUAUCCAUCAUCAAUUCUGAGCAAGAACUUAUGUCGUCCAAGGUGGAUGUGGCUGUGCUGCUGCCCCAAUCACUUACCGCCCACAUUUCACACAUUGCUCUUGCCAUCUUCAGUGAUGACAGGGCUUUCCAGGAUCCAGCGCACAAGGCAAAUAGCCGCAUAGUCAGCAUCACCAUGGUUGGUGCCCCACAGUUUCAGAGUGAGCAAUAUGUGGAAAUUGUGUUCAGACCUUGGGCAGAGAUGGGUGACAAGAGCUGUGUGUUCUGGGAUUUUACUCUCUCUGGAGGAGCUUGGUCCACUGAAGGCUGUGAGUUAGUGACAUCUACUGCAGGUGUGCGUGACGUGUGUCGCUGUUCACAUCUUACACACUUUGCUGAGAUAAUAUUGCCACCUGGAGUGGACAUGGACCCAAUACAUCAAACUGUACUGGACAUCAUCUCAGUUCUGGGAUGCUCACUGUCCCUUGUGGGUCUUCUUGGUAUCUUUCUGACCGGUGCAGCAUUUAGGCAGUGGCGUGCACAACUUGGGAACAAGAUCCUGUUACACCUGUCCGCUGCUGUGUCACUCAAUAUGCUUGUAUUCCUUAUCACAGCCACAGGGAUGCUGCACACAAAUACUCCAUGCAUAAUACUAGGUGUAUUGCUGCAUUAUUCUGUACUAGCAUCAUUCUGUUGGAUGUUGGUGUCAGCUGCCCUGCAGUUCAUGCGUCUAGUUACCAUUUUUGGGUCUCAGCGUAUUCCUCACCUGCUGCUAAAGGCCUGUCUAUUUGCUUGGGGUGCACCCCUGCUACCAGUUACAGUACUUCUUUCUGUGGACAUUCAGGUCUAUGCACCUGAUGAACGGGGAUUCUGUUAUCCAGGGGGUCUUGCGUUUUAUCUGGCCGUACUGUGCCCUGUGCUCAUGAUUGUGACAGCAAAUAUGAUUGUGUUUGGCAUGAUACUGCAGCAUGUUUGCAGGGGUAGUGCCAUAAAACGUCACAUGCAGUCUGAGAGGAAGCUGACAAUGCGUCAGGUGGCAACCAGUGUGCUGCUUUUCUUCUUGCUUGGGCUCACCUGGAUAUUUGGGCUGCUGGCUGGCUUCAGCACAUUGUGUGCCUACUUAUUUUGCAUCACUGCCACCCUUCAGGGUUUUGUGCUCUUUCUAUUCUUUGUGCUUGGUGAGAAGAAGUCCCGUCACUAUUGGACUCGGAGGAGUGCAAUACGUAAGCCUAACACCUCCACCUCAAGUACGCCUGCUGAAAGAGUAGCUCUGAGACAGAGGGAUGAGACUACACAUCUCUAAUGGACAAUAGAAAACUUUUUUUAUUGUUGUCCAUGAAAUUUUAAGAAACAAACUAUCAUGUUUAUUCAG